AAUUUAUUCAAUGCAUAAACAGUUGAGUACUUUCUCUCUUUUCUAUACAAAUUAGAAGAGUGCUCUUUCGUUUUUAUUUUUCUAGUUUCCAAGUUUGGCAUUGAAUUUUUGAUACAUCAAUAAAAAAUGGAGGAUCAACACCUUUGUCGCCGAAAUCAUAUUUUGCUCCUUAAGGAUAGCGAGAUUAAUAAUGAAAAAAAAAAUUGUGAGUUAUGUCAUGGGUUUCUUACAGAAGCUCCUUAUUAUGUUUGUGAUUCGUGCGAAUAUUAUGUCCACAAGUCAUGUGAAGAACUACCAAAGCAGAUCAACAAAUACCCUUUACAUCCUCGCCACCCUCUUUCUCUUACAACACGAAAUGCCAGAUGCAAUUGUUGUGGUCGAACAAAGACGCCUAUGUUCAGUUGUGUUGGCUGUGAUUUUGACUUGGAUGUUGAAUGCUUUAAAAUGUCAAACUCCAUAACAACAUGCCCGGAAGGCCAACAUUGCAUUCAACAUUCAAGCCAUCCCCACUUGCUACUACUUGUAGACACAACAAAUGCAAUUCAUGAAGAUGAAGAUAUUGAUGUUAGAUGUUUUGCAUGUCAAUCCAAGAGCUCACCAUAUGGUGGAGUUUAUUAUGGCUGCAAUAUAUGUAAGUAUUUUCUUCAUAAACAAUGCAUUGACCAAUUACCUCAAGAAAUCCAAACCUCUCACCAUCCUAACCACGACCGUCUCUUCCUUCUUAUGAAAAGAUACAAUUGUAAAUGUAGCACUUGUGGAAAUAAAGAUCAACCUGCCUUAUAUUUCGAAUGUCCUCAAUGUGAUUUUCGGUUGUGUUUAGAAUGUGGAGUGAGACGAACACGAACCAUUAAGUAUGAAGAUCAUCCACAUCUUCUUUGCUUUAUGGAGAAAAUAAACAAUGUAGUUGAACAAUGCAACGUCUACGACACCUGUUUGAAGCAAUCAAUCAUGUGCAAUACUGAGGAAUUCCAUAAAACAGAUUCCUUUAAAUUUCAAUGUUUGGAUUGUGAUUUCAAACUUCAUUUAUUAUGUGGUCCAUUGCCUUCUAUCAUAAAACAUGACAGUCAUAUGCACUCCUUAGAUCUUGUUGAUUCAUUCAUUGAGGAUAACUCUGGUGAAUAUUGCUGCGAUGUUUGUGAAGAAGAAAGAAAUCCACGAAUACGUGUUUACUGCUGUCGGAAGUGCAAAUAUAUCGCUCACGUACACUGUGUUAUCUCUGAGGUUAUAAAUGUAUUAAAAAGAGACCUUGGAGAUGUGAAACUGAAAGUGUUGGGAGACGAUCUUUGGGAAUUUCCUAAAGAGAUUGAUCAUGCUGCGUCUCCUUUGACUUUAAGGGAUUUGAUACAUAAAUUAAGUGAUCGUGAGCUAGGCUGGUUGAAGGGUCGUUUUUACUGGGAUGAGGAAGAAGAAGUGAGUACAACGACUACUGAAGUUGAGCCUGAAGAUGAUAACAUUGAUGAGGUUCUAAAAUUUUCUAAUUUAACAGAAGCUAAUUUCAUGUCAUUUAUCUUCGGAGAGUUUCAUUCCACGUAUUUGAGAAGGAAGUUGAGAAUAAAAUCUAGUGAUCUAGCGUUGACACUUGUUGAUAUUAAAAGUUAUUCCAUACCUUUACAUUUGGCAUCUGCUAUGAAUAAUUUGCUUCACAAAUAUGGAGAUAUUAGUACAAGUAGAUGAGGUUAUUCCCAAGAAUUGAAGAGCAUCGGGUUUUUCUUUGUAUGUAAAGU